AUGUCAACUGGCAUCCCCACCUUUCCCGAUGCCCAGCAGGCCCAAAUUAUUCGUGCUCACCAACGAGAUCUCUACCAUCUCUCGUCACUAAGGGAGCAAACCGACUCCGUACUGCGAUCAUGGCUUGGGACUCGAUGGCUGACAAGACGUGACAGAGAAGUGGACCUCUUCGUGAAGUUUGUAUAUUACGGGAUGACUGUAGGUCGUGGAAUUCAGACAUUAGGGGAGGAGUAUACCAAUAUAUGGCAGUACUCUGCUGCCACAGGACAUGCUCCGCCAUUGCAGUGGUUGCGCUUAGCUUUGAUACUCAUACCGACGGUUCCUCCGUACAUUCUAUCCCGAGCCACAGAAUUUGUGUCGAUGUCAAGCCAUCCCACAUUGGCUUCCAUACUUAAGGGUCUUCCUUCGACGUUGCAGGUACUAACCGAAGUCAAUCUGGCCAUAUUCUACUUUUCUGCGACAUACUAUAGUCUAGUGAAACGAAUUCUGGGUAUCAGACAUCUAUCAUCCAUACCUGAUAAUCCCGAUAUUCGACCACCCUCAUACUCUCUGCUAGGUAUACUGUUAACAAUCAGACUCCUUCAUCGUUUGGCGACGUCUUUGAAACAGCGAUUUGCAUCGGAAGAGCCAUCUGCAAAAAAGGAGAAGGAACCGGUGGGAACGAAUAUCUCGAGCUCACAGGAGAGUUUCCUGGAUGACCGCGCUAUAUCAAGUCUCAUUGGGCCCGCUGAUCUCGAAGCAGACACCUCAAGGCUCACUGAGGAAGAUGGCGGGACGGCAUUGGAUAUAUCGUCAAUACCCGAUGCGUUGAGGGCUGGGAGAAAUUGUACACUGUGUCUCGAAGAGAGAACCGAUAGCUGUGCUACAGAAUGCGGACAUUUAUUUUGUUGGACAUGUAUUGUUGGCUGGGGUAGAGAAAAGGCCGAAUGCCCUCUCUGUCGUCAAUCCCUGAAUUUGUCGCACCUCCUUCCCAUUUACAACUUGUAA